AUGCGCCUCAGCGUUAUGUUCCUCCUCGUCGCCGCGGUGUGUGAAAUCGCCGCAGCCGCCUCGGGCGAUGCGAGCUCCGCCGGCGAUCAUUCAAGUCCGUCCGCCCGACAUUCCCAAGGCCGCCUCGCUAACAGCCUGAAAAGCUUGCGCAAAUUUCUUCCUACUGGCGCUGCUCCUACAAGUGGGCCCGCAACUGUAGCCAGCAGCGGAGCAGCGGCGAAACCAUUGGCGACCCCUGCCUCGACAUCCACGUGUCAGGCGUCGACUCUCGCGGGUUACACGAGCUCUGUGGACCUCUCAGGCAAAGGGCUCAUCCUCCACUGGAAAAAGUCAACGGGGUCAACGAUCGACCUCGCGCUCGAGGCCAAGCCAACGAGCGGCGCGGCGGGCGGGUGGUUCUCGGUGGCGUGGACCAACGGCGGCAUGUUCAACUCCGAUGCCGUCAUCGGGAACCUCGCGACGGCCAGCGGCGUCGGCACGUACGCGAUAUCCAGCUACUCGAAUGUGGUUACCACCACGCGCUUCGCCAUCACCGGCACGAGCGUUACCGCGUCGGGCGGAAGAACGAUUGUGAAGUUCACGCGCGCGUCGGGGAACGGCCUUGUGCCGGUGAAGGUGGCGGGGAGCAACAAGCUCGUGUGGGCUUACUCGGAGUCUGGCAGCUCGAAGACUGUUGCCAACCAUGGCGGCUCGCACAGAGGAGCCAAGACAGGUGAUUUCUCUUGCGAUGGCACAGCCUCAGGGUCUGGCUCGGGGUCAGGCUCGGGAUCAGGCUCGGGAUCAGGCUCGGGCACCGGAGCAGGCAUGUGCACAGGCAACUCGGGCGUGAGCGGCACGGCAUGCCCUGCGUCCACCCUCUGCGGCUACUCCUACCAGGCGCAGAUUAAACCCGGCGUGCUGCUGCACUGGAAGCGCGCGUCCGCCUCGCAGCUGGACAUGGCCGUGGAGCUCAAGAGCAGCAGCGGCGCCAGCAACGGCUGGUUCUCCCUCGGCUGGGCCUCUGGAGGAGGCAUGGCUCCCGCCGAUGCUAUCAUUGGCAACAGGGAUGGGGGACUCGUCAGCCCGUACUACAUCGACGGCUACACCAUGUCCUCCUUAAAAGGCGGCUCGUUUGACAUUGGCAGCAGCGCUGGGACCGUGACGUCUGCUUCUGGUUCCACAGUGAUCCAGUUCUCCCGCACGGCCAACACGGGGUCUAUUCCUGUGAAGAUGAGCGGCGUCCAUCGGAUCAUAUGGGCGCACUCCCCCACCAACUCCAAGACCCUUGCCUUCCACUUCACUGCUGCGUGA